AUGAAAGCACGGGGCACUGCGGGGCCCACCUUCCAACACAGAAGGGGCGGGGAUCCCGCAGCUCCCUCGCGGCCCGGCAGUGGCACAGGGAAUCCCUCUGCGGCCACUGUGCACGCAGGGUUUCCCUGCGGCCACUGUGGUCGCAGGUUUUACCCUGCGGCCACAGUGAACGGUAAUCCGGGGAAGUCAGGGAUUGGGGUGGUCAUCUUUGAACAUAAUUCUAAGAUUGUUAAAGUUGUGGGUAAAUCUAUUGGUAUUGGCUCUAACAAUGUUGCUGAAUUUCAGGCAUUAUCUUUUGGUCUUGAUCUGGCCAUUUCUUUGGACAUUAAGGAUAUCAUCAUGGAAGGGGAUUCAAUGUUGGUCUUUCAGUUGGACUUUGCUAAGAAAUGUGUUUCUUGGCAUUUACAAUACUUGUUAGAGCGUAUUCUUGCACAGUUGAAACAUUUUUAUACCUUUACUAUAUCUCAUUAUUAUAGGGAGAUAAAUGUUAUUGCAGAUUACUUGGCUAAUAGGGCUAUUGUUGAAUGUGUUGAGUAUUUAGAAGUUCCCCCUCGGGAUAUCCCUACUUCUUGCAUUAGUAUUCUUCUUUAA